AUGGCAGAAGUAGAGGAUGAAGAAAUCCACCGAGCAGCUUUAGAAGGUAGACCAACUUCUGUUGUAAGAAUGUCUUUGCUUGAAGGUCAUGAUAGACGCUUGCGGUUAGACAAACUUUUAGUCCUAUAUUCUAUGGGACAGCUCCUUGCUUUUAUAAGAAAUAACCAAAACAAACUUAGAAGUGAACAAUAUGAUGCAAUGCAUGAACAUGUAGUUAUUCGUGCUAAUGAUUUUAAUGUAAGACCUGCGUUGUUAUAUUGCCUUCUUCAUAUAAGUGUUGCAGAAGAAUAUGAUUAUGCAAAACGUGGAACACCCAUUAAUGUAGAUUCAUUAGCAAUAAAUAAAGAAGUUUUGGACCGUUUACCAGGCGAUGUAAAAGUUUAUUUAAGUACAAAUACUAUUGAAACAGAUGAUCUUAACAAAAUCAACAACUUUCCUGUUGAGUUUUUAAACAGUCUCACUCCAUCGGGAAUGCCUGUUCAUUGCCUAAAACUAAAAAUUGGUACUGUUAUAAUGUUACUUCGAAAUUUAGAUCUUAAAGCUGGACUUUGCAAUGGUACCCGAUUGAUGGUGCGUGCUCUAAAAAAUAAUUACAUUGAUAGGCAAGUUCUAACAGGUGUUUCAGAUGGCAAGAGGGUAUUUGUUCCUCGAGUUCAGUUAACACAAUCUGAUUCAAAUUUACUUUUUACUCUUAAACAUCAUCAAUUUCCUGUAAGAUUAUAA